AUGCAGCAGCCGGUCUGGGGUCGGAAGCUGCUAACCGUCGCGCAAGACGUCCUGGAGGAUACGCGUCGCGACGGAAGGCGCCUGUUUUCGCAUACUGAGCGAAACAUCUGCUGGAGGAACGCUCAAGUUGUUCCGGGUAGACACCCAAGGCGCUGGCGCUUCGAUCGAGUCGGGAACUUGGUAUGCCGCGCACUGCAUGGUUGCAACGGUCCGCUCUGUUACGAGUAUGACCACCGCGCACCCUGGGGCAAAGGUGGACGCUCAGACUCAACCAACUGCGACGUUCUGCAGACUUCAGCAAAUCGAUGGAAGAGCGAUCAGCCGGAAAGCCGCGUCACAGAGAAACUCCUGCGUGCGCAUAGUCGCGUCCUCAGUCGGUCGCUUUCUCAAGAGGAACUGGAUACCAUCGAGUACGUCAUUUACGGAGAUAUUUUGCGACCAGACGGCACUAGACUUCUGGAACUCCCCGUUCUUCAAAAGCCCGCUGCGCAUCGAAACGACACGCCAAACACAUCCAGAGCAUGGGCGAGACUCAACGCGGACCGGAGCCUAUGCUCGAUCAUGUAG